AUGAGUGUCCCUAUGCUAAAGAUUGGGGCGGUGCUCAGCACCAUGGCCAUGGUGACCAACUGGAUGUCUCAGACUCUGCCCUCUCUGGUGGGACUCAACGGGACCACCAUCUCCAGAGGGGGCACUUCGGAGAGGAUUGUCAGCGCUCUGUACCCGAGCCCAGAGGAGGGCUGGCAGAUCUACAGCUCGGCACAGGACGCAGAUGGGAAGUGUGUCUGUACCGUGGUCGCACCGGCCCAGAACAUGUGUAACCGCGACCCACGCAGCAGACAGCUUCGUCAGCUCAUGGAGAAGGUUCAGAACAUCAGCCAGUCAAUGGAGGUGCUGGACCUGCGGACAUACAGAGACCUGCAGUACGUGAGGAACACCGAGAGUCUGAUGAAGGUGGUGGACGGGAAGCUGAAGGUGGCUUCUGAUAAUCCCCGCAGUCUUAAUCCAAAGGGUUUUCAGGAGUUAAAAGACAAGGUCACCCAGCUGCUCCCCCUGCUGCCAGUGCUGGAACAGUACAAGGCGGACGCCAAGAUGAUCCUACGUCUUCGGGAGGAGGUGAGAAAUCUGUCCUUGGUGCUGAUGGCUAUCCAGGAAGAGAUGGGGGCCUACGAUUAUGAGGAGCUACGCCAGAGAGUCCUGUUGCUGGAGACCAGGCUCCACUCCUGCAUGCAGAAACUAGGCUGUGGGAAGCUCACUGGCGUCAGUAAUCCCAUCACAGUACGAGCAUCGGGGUCCAGGUUUGGCUUCUGGAUGACAGAUACUAUGAUCCCCAGCUCAGACAACAGAGUGUGGUCGAUGGAUGGUUACUUCAAGGGACGUCGUGUCCUGGAAUACCGCACAAUGAAUGAUUUCAUGAAGGGCCAGAACUUUGUGCAGCACCUGCUGCCUCACCCCUGGGCAGGCACUGGCCACGUGGUUUACAACGGCUCGCUGUACUACAACAAGUACCAGAGCAACAUCAUCAUCAAGUACCACUUCCGCUCUCGGAGUGUGCUGGUGCAGCGCAGCCUGAGUGGGGCCGGAUAUAACAACACCUUUCCCUACUCCUGGGGUGGCUCCUCUGACAUCGACCUCAUGGCGGAUGAAAAUGGCCUGUGGGCCGUUUAUACCACCAUCCCCAACGCUGGGAACAUUGUCAUCAGCCGCCUGGAGCCGCAGAGUCUGGAAGUGCUGCAGACAUGGGACACAGGUUUUCCCAAGCGCAGUGCUGGAGAGUCCUUCAUGAUCUGCGGUACACUUUACGUCACCAACUCCCACCUGGCUGGUGCCAAGAUCUACUUUGCCUACUACACCAACACGUCGAGCUACGAGUACACAGACAUCCCCUUCCACAAUCAAUACUCCCACAUCUCCAUGAUGGACUACAACCCCAGGGAGAGGGUCCUGUACACCUGGAACAACGGACACCAGGUGCUCUAUAACGUCACACUGUUCCAGGUUAUUAAGACUUCUGGUGACUGAGAACCCUCAGACUGACCCACUCAAAUAAUGCUGUGAUCAAUGUUCGGGGGGGGGCACGGGUGGAGGUGGGACUCUUGGGUGGUGUGGGUUGAAGGGGGGGUUCAGUGUAUGGGCAUAGAAUUGGAUUUUUUAAAAAGAAUUUCAAUCUUCAUAGAGUGCUAUUAUUCACAUUCUCAUAAAACACUCCGACAGCAAGGUCCGUAAACAUACAAAGACUGAGCGCUUCUCUUUUUUUCCGUUCUGUGGUGAGUAAGCAUGGUUCUUUUUAUUUGUGAUGAGAAAUAAAUGUCAAUCUUUACCAUUCAUGGCUUUGUAUUGAAUUGUCACUUUCAUUUUAAAAAGACCUUCACUGCAUUUUGAGGGUGUAAACAAAAAAGGAGGGAAUGCCUGAGUUUUAAAAUAUGGAGUGUACUGCCAAGACAGGUGCUUCUUACAAGACAUAACAUUUCUCUCUUUUUAUAUUAGGAUUAAUUUUACUUUUGUUUUUUUCUAAAAUGAAGAGGGCACAAAUAUGUAUUCCUUCUUAACUCAAACCAAAGAAAGUCAAACAAAAUUCCUGGAUCAUGUAUUUGGAUCGACUUCAUAAUGGAAUGGGCUCUUUCUUGGGGCCAUGUCCCAGCCAUUCACAAAGUUUAAUUGAAAUUGGUUCAGUUUUGUGUAAUCCUGACUAAACUAACUAACACAGUUGAAAACAUAACGUCCUUGGCUGAGGUAAAUAAACAACUCUUAAAAUUUGUUGAAUAGUACUGCUUCAAAAAAAUGAUAAUACUGGAAUAAUAUUUUGCUGAUAUUGAGUACCUAUUACAGCCGAGACAUAAACUACUGAGGUGACAGCAUGAGGCAAUUUCUUGGGCUGCAUUGA